AUGUACGUUCUUGUAGUUGGCGCGGCGCAGAAACUCUAUCCAUGGGAAACGCUAAGUAGUCCCCACGUUCCCUUCCGGCCGUCCCCGCUUUCCCAUUCCCGUCGCCCCCACCUUUGGCUCCCCGUCGUCCCACCUUCCCCUUCCCGUCGUCCCACCUUCCCCUUCCCGUCGUCCCACCUUCCCCUUCCCGUCGUCCCACCUUCCCCUUCCCGUCGCACCUAUUUUCCCCUUCCCAUCGUCCACAUUUUCCCCUUCCAAUCGUCCCCAUUUUCCCCUUCGAAUCGUCCCUAUUUUCCCCUUCCAAUCGUCCCCAUUUUCCCCUUUCCAAUCGUCCCCAUUUUCCACUUCCAAUCGUCCCCAUUUUCCCCUUCCAAUCGUCCCCAUUUUCCCCUUCCAAUCGUCCCCAUUUUCCCCUUCCAAUCGUCCCCAAUUUCCCCUUCCAGUAGUCCCCAUGUUCCCUUCCCGUCGCCCCCACCUUCCCCGUCCCGUCAUCCCACCUUUCCCCUUCCCGUCGUCAUGAAUAAGCUCACUUUUCCUCCUUCUACCACUUACUCUCAGCUCACAUCUAUGGCUCCCACACCUAAACCCACCUCCAUCACCACUUACUCUCAUCUCACCUCCCCAACCACCAUUCUCCCGUUCUCCGAUCCUCAUCAACUCCCGCCCACACAUCCUCAUCCCUCUCCCCCCCCUCCCCCCAAUUCUCCAUUACCCAUCUCCUCCCGUCCACUUGAUGUCAUCUCUAUCCGUUCCCCCGGUGUCACCCCCUCCAACCCCAAACUCGUCUUCCCCUCUGCCUCCCCUCGCUGUCCCUUUCGGACCCUCCCAUCAUCUCCCCCUUUGCCUCACCUUAAUUCUCCCUCUGCCUCCCAUCAUCUCCCCCUUUGCCUCCCCUCAAUUCUCCCUCUGCCUCCACUAAUCCUCCCCUCUGCCUCCACUCAUCCUCCGCUCUGCCUCCACUCAUCCUCCCCUCUGCCUCCACUCAUCUGCCCUUUUGCCUCAGAUCAUCUAACCCUGACGCUUCCACCUCCCAUGGACAACACCAACGUGCACAAAAGAUGUAAGCCGCUGCCUGCCUUCCCUCCUGCCCUCCCCCCAACUUCCCCUUUGCCUCCCCUUAUCUUCCCCCCUAUCUUCAUCCAUCCUCACCUCCGCCUCCCCUCAUCCUCCCCUUUGCCUCUCCUCAUCUCCCCUCCGCCACCCCUCAUCUGUGAAGCGCACCUGGGGUGA